CCAAUGUCACCCCCGACCUGCAGAAGUGCUCUCUGUAGCUAGAAAAGCUUGUCUCUCUUACUAACACGUGGGUCCAAUAAAAUAUUUUGCCUUUGUCUGGAACUGCCAGGGAUACAACACCGCUCCAGGCAAAGAACAUUGUUUCAGGGGUAGCGAUUACAAUGGUCUCAUGUUACACUUAUAUGGCAUUACCCAGGUAAGUGCUCUCUGCUAGUCUAACACUUGGGAGUGCCUGUGUCCACAACACUGAUGGCUGCUGCGCUUUCUAUGCCAAAAACAUUUGACCUCAACAAACAUGGCUUCUGCAUUUCCCCUGAAGGACUCGUCCCCUUAGGAAGGAUGGGGGAAGGGCAUUUCCUGUUCAGCCCUUUUGCCUUCAACAAAGAUGGUGCCUGCAGCCCCGGGCCGGGAGCGUGUAUAAUCCCCGGCUUUCCGGCUCUUUAUGACACGAUCACUUUAUGCAAGAGGAAUAAUGAGAAGAGGGAGGAACCCUAAAUCUUACCUGCUGGAUUAGACGAGCUACAGAAAAUUCUAGACCUGCAGUGCCAGCUGAUCUCACGUCAGGAGUGGAUCAUGAUGGAUGCCAGAGACAAGCAGGUUCUGCGUUCCCUGCGGCUGGUGCUCUGCUCAGAGGUGCUGGUAGAGGGGCUCAUCAUUCAGUACCUCUACCAGGAAGGCAUUCUAACAGAAAACCACCUUCAAGAAAUAAAGUCCCAAGCCACCAAUCACAGAAAAACCAUGAUGCUUCUAGAUAUCCUUCCUACCAGAGGACCCAAGGCCUUUCAGACUUUCUUAGAUUCCUUACAGGAGUUUCCAUGGGUGAGAGACAACUUGGAGAGAAAACGUAAGGAAAUGAUGGCAGAGGAUCCUGUAGAUGACGGGUUAACUGGAAUUCCACCAGAAGUUUUGAAGAACCCACCAACAGAUCAGCAGAUUAACAAACUUGCCAGGAGUCUGGGGCCUGAGUGGGAGCAUAUUGUGCUGUACCUGGGUUUGUCACAGAAUGACAUCUACAGAUGUAAAGUCAAUCACCCUCACAAUGUGCAGUCACAGAUUGUGGCUGCAUUUGUCCUUUGGAGACAGCGUUUUGGAAUCAAAGCAACAAUCCAAAGUCUGCACACCAGUCUGAUGGCCGGAGAAGUGGAUCCUUCUGUGAUCCAGCAUAUGCUUGAGUGAAGUCUUGUUAUCGAUUGGAGGCUCUUGAGUUUUUUGCUCAAUGAAAUGCAUUGGAUUCACUGAAUCAAUUAUCAGUGUUCUGAUGUCUCUUAAUUAGAAAGCGAGGAAAUGGCAGACAAGCAGCUUGGUAAUUUUAUUACUCUGUGCUUCCUUGUAGCUUUCAGUUCUCUGUGGGAAGUUUUGACGUCUCUUAUAAUUACAUGUAUGCCAGAUUAUUUUUUAACAGGCUUUAAGAAAUUAUCAUUCUUUUUGUUCACUUUUAUACUUCUUCCAAAUGUUAUGUAGUUAAGAAGGCGUUGACGCUUAAAGUUUGCUAGAGUCUUUGCAAGCAGUGAGCCACAUCCGGAGAGGUGCUGAGCUAAUAGUAAUGGGAGGUUGUUGGGCUCAGCAUUUCCCUUAGGACUUUGCCCAUUGUUAUUGUAUUAUUUAAGAAUAUUCUAAGGCAGGAGUAGGCAAACUACGGCCUGAUCCGGCCUGCCAGCCAUUUUAAUCCGGCCCUCGAGCUCCUGCUGGGGAGUGGGGUCUGGGACCUGUCCCAGUCCAGCGCUCCAGCUGUGGAGCAGGGUUGGGGGCCGCUCUGCGCGGUUCCCAGAAGCAGCGGCAUGGCCUCCCUCCGGCUCCUACACGUAGGGGCAGCCAGGGGGCUCCCUCCGCACACUGCCCCCGCACCAAGCGUCACCCCCG